CACUGACUACAGUAUGCGCGUGAUCACGGUGACAACCUCUGGACCUGACCAGGCGAGAGAGAGUCACACCUCCCGCAUCGAUUUGUUAUACUGUACUUGUGGCAUCUGAGACUUUUGGAGAUGUCGCUCUACAGGAACACUGUCUGGUUUUUCAAAGGACUUAAGGAAUAUACGAAGAAUGGCUAUGCAUCUGCCAGCAAGAAUUUCAAUGAAGCUGACCUGAAAGUAAAUUGUACUGGGCAGCAUUAUAUGAUAACAGGGGCAAACAGUGGGAUUGGCAAAUGCAUAGCCACAGAAAUUGCAAAACUUGGAGGAACUGUUCAUAUGGUGUGCCGUAACCCUACCGCUGCCGAAGAGGCCAGGAAAGAAAUCAUUGAAGCAUCUGAGAAUCAGAAUGUAUUUGUGCACCUUCUUGACAUAUCCAAACCCAGAGAUGUCUAUAAUUUUGCCAAGGACUUCUGUGAUCAGAAUGAAAACCUCCAUGUGUUGAUCAAUAAUGCUGGGUGCAUGUUCAAUACCCAAGAGAUGGUUGAAGAAAGUCUGGAGAAGAACUUUGCAACAAAUACUCUUGGCACCUACAUCCUCACCACCAACCUCAUCCCAGUAAUGAAAAAAAGUGAGAAAUCACGAGUGAUAGUGGUUUCAUCAGGUGGUAUGCUGGUUCAAAGGCUUAACACUGAAGACCUUAACUUUGACAAGAUGAAGCCAUUUGAUGGCACUCUGGCUUAUGCACAAAACAAGAGGCAACAGGUUGUAAUGGUAGAACAGUUUGCCAAGCUUCAUCCUGAGAUUCAUUUCUCCUGCAUGCAUCCUGGCUGGGCAAACACCCCAGCUGUACGUUCCUCCAUGCCGGAAUUUUAUGAAAAGAUGAAGGACAAGUUGAGAACACCAGCAGAGGGAGCAGAUACAACUGUGUGGUUAGCAGUUUCAUUGGCAGCCUUGGAACAUCCAUCAGGAAAAUUUUUCCAAGAUCGACGUCCUGUAGACACUCACUUGCCAUUGGCAUCAACCAAAGUGAGCACCAAAGAUGAAGAAAAAUUAAUGUCAGUUCUUGAAGAAAUAACCAAGAAAUUUGCUUACUAACUGUGAGGCCUCACUGUUACAUCAUUUUAUGGUGGAUGGCUCAAACUGUUACACUCCAGCUGGGGUGUUGGCCUCAGCUUGUGCAACACAGACUAUUACCAUAAUUUACAGCAUAUUAGACGCAAGUUUUUAUCUGAAAAAUGGCAAAAAAAAAUCAGCCUGCGUCCUCUAUGAGAAGUUGCUAGGGAAUCGGCGGAGGUAGCGCCGCUGAUGCUAUAGUAAACAGGGAGUACAGAUGUACAGUAUAUGCAAAUAGUGACUGUGUUAAACUUUUAUUUACUGGUUUGGCAAUAGAGUAUACUGCAUAUUGUUUUAAGAAAACUAUAGAUACAUGAGGAAAAUACACACAAAUGUUUUUUCCUAAAUACUCUCUCCUUAUAUGGCCAUGCGUCUAAUAUGCUGUAAAACAUGGUACGUGUCUGAUCUUUUGUGUUCAGGUUUUAAGGUGAGUUAGAUUGUUUUUAAGUUGGUUCAUUACUCAUCAUUGUGCAAGUGUAAUAUUUAUAUGACUUUGCAAAAACCUGAAGUGCAGCUGUGUUCACACUGUUUAUUCUAGUCAAGAAUAGCACAGUAUUGUUGUGACCACUUAUCCUUUUACAUCACCCUUUAAUUAAAAGAUAAUGUGUCUGGAAAAAGGGCUAGAGUUGAUAGGAAGUGUUAAUAAGGAAAGAAAAGCAAUAACACUGGCUCUGAAGUUAGUUAUGAAGAAAAAAUAUAUGUAGAAGAAAAGUUGGUGAACAAUCAUUAGUAUUUCCCUGUUUUCCAUUACUCUCAUCUUUCUGCUCCUCUAUGUAAGCAUUAAUUUGGACUUUUGACAGUAUUUUUUAAACAUAGGUUUAUCAUGUGUAUGAGUAUAGUAGUUGCUACCAGACGUGUCGAGAGAAUUUUGUUGGCGACUUUACAUUAGCUACAGGACUUGGAUAUUAAAGGAGGAAAACGGGUAUCCUGUUCUGUACAUUUCUCCUUUUGUCGUCUGUAUGGAUUAAAAUUUUUAUUAUAUGGUAUACAAAAACAUCUAAGAUCAGAAUGGAUAUCAGUGCCAAUCAGAGGGGCACUAAACAUAUAAGGAAAAAUUCAGUGAUUGCAAAAUCUUUAUUUGGCAAAUAUAGUAUUCACAAUAACCAAACAAUGAAUAUUGUAAUAUAUUCAUAUAGUACACAACAUGCUAACCAACUCGUAUAUCUCUCUCAAUUCCAUAACUGAACAUUCUAUGUGUGAUAAUGGUCUAUGUUACAGAUGCCUUCAUGUUUAGGAUGUGGUAGAAAGUAAACAAGAAAUUUAUAUGACUAAAGCUAUAUCCAUAAGUCUAACAAAAUGUGCAGUAGACAAUCUUGGACCAUUGGGGUGGGGUGUGGGUUAAAUACUGCCUAGUGGCUCACUAUGAGAUCAUAAGCCAAGAUACAGUGUUUGCCCUUAAAAAUAUAUUUAACAAUACAUGAAAUGCAAUGUUGACACGAGAUUAGUUUUUUUUUUUUUUUUUUGAUAAAAUUGUUUGUUCAUACUGUGGAGAAAAAAAAUACAAAACUAUUAUCCAACUACAGUAUAGAUAUCUGUAUAACAAUAGCUGAUUUUGCUUGAGAAUGUACUGUACUGGACCAGGUUCCUGUUAUUUUACUUGAUUACAUCUCUUAAAUAAAUAUUUUGCCAUCCUAUACCAUGAGCAAAUUAUGGAAGCAGUGUACUGCAUAUAAAGUUGAUAAUGAACAUUCAAUGAAUGAAUGUAAUACUAAAUAUGAAUAACAAUGUAACGGGGUAACAAUAACUAAGGAACUAAAAUAACAAUUAUUCUCUAACAUGAUUCAAAGCAGCUAAAACACUUCAGUUUCAUUAAUUACUUUAGAAAAAUUUUUUUUUUUUGCACAGGGUACAAAGAUCCAAGAUUUUCUUUUGGUGAGAGCAUACAUACUUGUACCAGAUGGGCUAAGAGAACCAAAUCAUUUAUUUUAAGUAGUGUUUCAGUCAUCAAAAUCUUUAAACCGUCACAUAUUUAUGACAAUGCAAUGUAUAUGAACUUACUCUUGAUAUGUAAAGUUAAUAAAUGCAAAACAUGUGUAAAUUGAAAAAUUACCUGCUUAUACCACGUGGACUGCAAGAGUGACGGGAUAUCUCAAUAAUUUUCUUGACAAAUGAUCUUCACACAGGAAGAGUUAGAUGGGGAAAUUUGAUGAUGAAUUCUUUAUGAUAGCUUCGCUAUAAUAAUACAUCCUGUUAUAUAAGACAAUAGAGAAAAGAUGAGACAAUCCAAAG